AUGUCCACCUCCCAACCUUCACCACAAGCCACAAUCGAAGAGGUUGCCAAGUGGAUCGAAUCUCUGAAGCUGUCGGAUCCCAAAGUGCAUGAUCUCUUUAGGAUUGCCAAGAUCGAUGGAAGAUCAUUGCCCCUGCUCACACUAGCCAUUCUUCAAAGUCCUCCAUUAUCACUUGCCCUUGGUGAUGCGAUGAUUGUUGUAGAUGCCAUCAAGCCCCCAGCUCCCCCUGCUGCCCCUAUAGGAUCACAAGGAGGCCAAGCUCACAUACCAUUCGCACGACAACUCAAACCGAGUGUCCUAUCAGAGCAGUCCGAUGAAGGCAUCACUAUUGGAUCACGCAAUACACUCCCGAGACAUAACACAGUGAAGAAGCUGUACGAUUAUGUUUCGAAACAUCACUUGGUCCUCCUUCGUGCCCCACCUUUCUCUGGAAAGACAUCAAUCACUCAGUUGCUGGAGCAGUUCAUCAUUGACAAUCAUGGCGAUACAUAUGUCCGCAGAUAUUCAUUUGUUUGGAGUCAGAAAUCAAAUGAGGAUUUCGAAACAUCAUGGGAACAUUUCGCUGGUACCUCAUGGAAUGCAAUCACUUCUCUUGCCUCAGAACAUCCAGUGUUCCUCAUCGUUGACGAAACACAACUCACAUACACACAGAUCAACCAACCACUCCAUCAGUUUUGGACAAAGAUGAAGGGACUUGUUCAAAUCUGGUCCACCCUCCCCAAGCUGUCAAUUCUUCUUGUGUCAGCAUACUACCAGAGAUACAUUGACGGACUCUGCACACCAGUCAACAUAGUUCACUGUCUUGGCAUUGAUCACCUUAACUUCUCUGAAUCGGAGCUCUCUGAGUUUCUUCAGGAAAAGAGCUUGUCUCGAAAGAGAACGAAGCUCCCAUUCACUCCCGAGCUACAAUCACUCCUUUGGGAAAUGACUAGUGGGCAUGUUGGACUUGUCGUCAUGGCACUUAAAGGAUUGAACAACAGGUUCAAGGACAAGGCAAAGGAGCAGAUCAUCGAUCCUUCCGAGAUUCGUCUGUAUCUUCACUCCAAACAGUUCUAUGACUCUGCAAAGGGUAGCCGAGCCUACCAAAGACCAAAUCAAUUCUCCAAACAAGAGAACGAGGUGUUAUCGUCCAUGCUCCUUUCUCUCCAGCGUUCCCAGCUUUUCUCUGCGCCGUUUGGUGCUCCUAUUCAGAGUUUGGUCAAGAAAGGAGCCAUUGUACCUGAUAUCAUCAGUACUCCCAUGGAUGUGGACACACCAACUUCAUCGUCCUCGCUACAAGUGAGCCCCCAGGACCUCAUAACCGAGAAUGAUGAGGAUGAUGAGGAUGAGGAUGAGGAUGAGGACGAUGAGGACGAUGAGGAUGAUUUCAUGCACGAUGAUGCACAAACUUCCACUUUCAAGUUUGUCUGCCCACUUCUUCGAACGCUCUACUACACAGAACUGUUUGGUUCAAAAGUCUCGGAAAGCUAUCAACCAACAGAUUUUGGAGACUUCAUCUACCAUUCAUUGGUGAGAAUGAGAUCCUCAAUCCUACUUGGGUCUCAACAAGCAUUGGAGCACAAAUCAGUCGAAACCAAGCGCGACUCUAAACCAAACGAGCAAGUCUGGCAGAACGAGUUCUUCCAUGCCGCAACCAAAUUGGUUGGGACAAACAUCCACAUCAGUCCAAACGUUGGCCCAUGUUUCAAAUCAACCGGAUAUGUCGAUUUUUAUAUCAACGGAGGAAAGAAGUGGGCAAUCGAGCUGCUAAGAGAGGGCGAACCAGCAACAUUGGACGAACACAUUAACAGAUUCCUUCCAGGUGGAAAGUACUACAUUAUGGUCGACAAAGACAUCACUCAGUGGGCGGUCCUCAACUUCACCUCAAAGGACUCACCUAUCAGAGAUCAUUGUUGGCACAUCCAGUACAACCAGGACUUCACAUCCUUCAGUGUCAAGACACCAAUGACAGAGGUUCAACAGUUCAACAUUCCUCUCAAAAACUAG